AUGGGGGAGGCUCUCUACGAGCUACAAAAACUCGUCAAAGCAAAUAAACCAUCUGUAAAGCUUCAUCCCAAAGAAUAUCAACAGCUCUACGGAACAGAUAACUUGGACGUGGCGUGGUCUUUCUUUGCCUGGGGGGAAACUCUUUCGAAGCAGGGAGACUUUGCAGAAGCGGUGGACAGGUUCCAAUACGCCUACGAGAGAUAUAAAAAGAUCAAUGGGGCUACAAGUGAAGACGAACUAAAGAUUCUCUACUCAUUAGGUGAGGCCCUAUAUCAGCAAGGGGAAUUCGCAAAAGCCAGCCCAAUUCUCCAAAAGGCGUAUAUUGGGUAUAAGAAUGUCCGCGGAGCAAACGAUCCCAUCACUCUACGAUGUCUUUCUUGGCUGGGAAACUCUCAUCUUGAGAAGGGAGAGUACGCAAUAGCUGCACAAACAUUCGAGCAGCUCUAUCAAGCUUGCAAGCAAACCUUCGGUCCCAAACACGCGGAAACCCUCCGGCCUAUCUUUUCCAGGGCAAAGUUCUUCUACACCAGGGGGAAUUCACGAAGGCAAUAG